UUAACGCGUAUUGCUUUAUCUUUGUAGUUACUCCAUGAUGACGGUGACGAUGAUGAUGAUGGUGGUAGUGGUGGUCCUACGGGUGGUAAUGGUGAUAUUGGUAGUGGUGGUGGUAGUGACGUUGGUGGUGGUGAUGGCGGCGAUGUAAAGCAGGAAGAAUGUGAGCUUGAUGAAGACGCGUCUCUUAUAUCCGAUUCUCAUCAAAGAGGCAUGGCUCGUGUGAGAGGCUACAAAGUGAAUCGCAGCAUUGCACCAACUCUUGAACACAUUUUCAAUGAACACGGUGACAUUGCAGCUAGGUGCAAAUUUUCCUCGAGUCUCAAAGCAUUUUUCCUUGAGUCUGUUUGUAAAGUUUUCAGGCAGAUCCAAACCAACGAUAUCGAAAAACUAUCAGAAGUAAAGGCUGUGCUGUCGGAUUUAAAGACAGUCAAGAUUGAUGUGGCAUGGCUGGAAGCUCUCCUUGAAGCCAUUCGCAAGAAGAAGGAGGCAAAUAAACAGUAUUGUUUGUCUUUGGAAGCGAAAAUAGGCAUCAUGAGGGUUAAAAAUUCCUUCGAGAUAGAUGUGAGAAGGGGACGUGCGGAGCUUGUUGCUUUACGAGAACAUAUUAAAGAGGCUCAAAAGGGUGCGGAUGCAAUGCGUCUUGUUGAAAAGUAUCUAGAUGACACCCGCAAGGAUCUUGAAGCUGACCCGUAUCUGGUUAUAUAGGCUGAUUAGAUUAUGCUAUGGUGUGUAAGUGAACACGAGGGGCAGU